AUGAGAGGGUCAAAGAGACUCGCCUGGUGCUUCACUAUACCGCACUGGUCCAGCGCCGCCCCUCCAAGCAAAGGACUGGCAGAUUUCCAAGGCCCAGCGCCGGAAGAAACAGCCACCCAUUUCUGCCCGAGUCCCGUCCCCUUUAAUUGCAAAAUAAUUGAAUGCAUUAUCCGGCGAUGGCACGCAUACCAUGGGAAACCCCACGGGGAUGGAUACAGGAAAGGCUCGCCAUCCUUCCCAGAGACGAUCAACAUAGGCUACCACUACAACUAUCCAAUUUCACCACCGUCUUCGCCUAGGUCUUCUCCCCCGCCAGGCUACAAAGAUGCUUCGUCACAGGUCCCUGCCAAACAUGACCAUGGCCCUCCGGAACAUCCCCCCGGCAUAUCUGAGGAAAAGCUAUGGUGUUCGUCAUCAACCUGCGACAGUGACCGAGCAUCGGACACGGGCAAACCGACCCAGGAGGUACAAGGGGAGUCGGCCACGACACUACCCGUCACCACUGCGCCGGGCGACGAAAUGAACCUCAAAAUACCAAACUUAGUCAUAUCCAUUAGGGAGCAAUCCAAAGCUCUGUCCAAGAUCCUUGCCGAAGAUCAAGGGAGAGAUGAGAGCGAGAAAUACUGCGAGCACAUCAAAGAUGCUACCGACUGCUACAUCUCUACGGUGGAGGACGUCCUUGAACAUGUCAGGAGGGCAGAGAAGAGUCAAUGGAAGGAUUUAGAGGUAUAG